UUUAUUCAGAACACUGACAAGGUUGUUGGCGGAAGUAGACAACCCUCGUUUUGAGUCUCGCUGGAACCACGAGAAGGCAUGAGUACGCCGGUGUUCAUAGAUUUGCCUAUUCCUGAACAGGCCCAGGAAUUAAGAAGCUACCUCAAAUCAUUGAGUGCUGACAUCUCAGAAGAAAAAGCAGAAGCAGGCAUUCUUACAGAUUUAAGACACAUCAUUGAAGCAAGCAACAUAUGCUGGAAUUCCAAAGAUGUAUCAGAUGCUGAUAUUGAAAUGGUGUUCAACAGUGUAAUAUCGCUGAUCCUUGUUCUGCCGCCAGAGGAAAUGCUUGAACCUGUGACACAUUUCUGUGAGAAAGUCGUCAAAUGUCCACAAGGAGACAGAAGGGGUGCUCUACGAUUAAAAUUGUUGUCUAACUUAUUUUAUGGACUCGAUGAGAGGUCUCCGUUGAGAGCUGAUCUGUAUGUUUCCAUGGUAAAAUUAGCACAGCAAGCAGAUCUGACACAACAACUAGCUAUUGACUUAGAACAGAUAAAGAAAUGGGUGUCACAGUGGGACAUAAGCACCACAAAGCUACAGAACCUGCUGCGAUCUGUUCAUGAUGCCUUGAUAGAAGCGGGAAUGAGUGAUAAAGCCACGAAAGUGAUGAUAGACCUGUUAGGUACCUAUACAGAAGACAAUGCAUCUCAGGCCAGGGAUGAUGCACACAGAUGCAUCGUUACUCAUUUAGGUGACCCCAACACAUUUCUGAUGGAUCAUCUUCUUUCACUUAAGCCUGUCAAAUUCUUGGAGGGGGAACUCAUUCAUGAUCUACUGACAAUUUUUGUGUCAGGAAAGAUUUCACAAUAUCAGCAGUACUACAAGACUAACAUGGACUUUGUCAAGUCUCUAGGAUUGUCCCAUGAACAGAAUUUACGGAAGAUGCGGUAUCUGUCAUUUGUGCAGCUAGCGGAAGACAAGAAGGAGAUCGAGUUUGCCGUCAUUCAGAAGGAGAUGCAGCUGGAGGAAGUGGACAUUGAAGACUUCAUCAUUGAUGUGCUCAGGACUAAAUCUGUAAGAGCCAAGAUAGACCAGCUUCAAAAGAAGGUCAUUAUAAUGUCCACUAUCCACCGGACAUUCGGACGACAGCAAUGGCAGAUCCUAAGACAGACACUUACCCAGUGGCGCGAAAAUCUCACAAGAGUUCAGAACAGUCUACAGUCACUUGAUAUGAUGGCCCAGUCUCAGGCCCAGGCCUAGAAAUAAGCUAAAAUCUGAAGACAAGAGCAGUGAGACUCAAGACUAGAACUCAAAACCUGUAAAUUAAGUGCUUCAUAAGUCAUAAAAAUGUCAAAUCAUGUAGUUAAAGACAAUAAAAUUAUGAAUUGGA